CCCCUCCCCCCCACCUGCUUCCUGCCUCAGCCUCCUGCCCCGAUAUAACGCCCUCCCCGCGCCGGGGCCGGCCUUCGUGCUCUGCCCGCCACGGCAGCCUCUGCCUCCGCUCCCCGCGCCGCGGCCGCGCCCCGGCCCCAACUGAGGGCCUGACAGCCCCCAGGCAGGGCGGCGCCACGGCGGGCACCGCGCUCCCCUCCACUGGAUCACUUCCCCCAGCUGGGGCAACUUCUCCCGAGGCGGGAGGCGCUUUUUACUCGGCUCCCUAAUAUCCCAGUUGGGCAAACUUCUCGGCCCUGAAUGACUUUUCCUGAAGCGGACAUUUUCCUCAAAUCGGGAGAGUGUGCUGGGCAGACGAUGCUGGACACGAUGGAGGCGCCGGGCCACUCGAGGCAGCUGCUGCUGCAGCUCAACAACCAGCGCACCAAGGGCUUCUUGUGCGACGUGAUCAUCGUGGUGCAGAACGCCCUCUUCCGCGCGCACAAGAACGUGCUGGCGGCCAGCAGCGCCUACCUCAAGUCCCUGGUGGUGCAUGACAACCUGCUCAACCUGGACCAUGACAUGGUGAGCCCGGCGGUGUUCCGUCUGGUGCUGGACUUCAUCUACACCGGCCGCCUGGCUGAUGGCGCAGAGGCAGCGGCGGCAGCGGCCGUGGCCCCGGGGGCUGAGCCGAGCCUGGGCGCCGUGCUGGCCGCCGCCAGCUACCUGCAGAUCCCCGACCUCGUGGCGUUGUGCAAAAAGCGCCUCAAGCGCCACGGCAAGUACUGCCACCUGCGGGGCGGCGGGGGCGGCGGCGGCGGUUAUGCACCCUACGGGAGGCCGGGCCGUGGCCUUCGGGCCGCCACGCCCGUCAUCCAGGCCUGCUACUCGUCCCCAGCCGGGCCUCCGCCGCCACCCGCCGCCGAGCCGUCUUCGGGCCCCGAGGCCGCAGUGAACACGCACUGCGCAGAGCUGUACGCCUCGGGCCCCGGCCCGGCCUCGGCGCUCUGCGCUCCGGAGCGCCGCUGCUCCCCGCUCUGCGGCCUGGACCUGUCCAAGAAAAGCCCGCCGGGCUCCGCGCCUCCAGAGCGGCCGCCGGGCGAGCGCGAACUGCCCCCGCGCCCAGACAGUCCUCCCAGCGCCGGCCCCGCAGCCUACAAAGAGCCACCGCUCGCCCUGCCACCGCUGCCGCCGCUGCCCUUCCAGAAGCUGGAGGAGGCUGUACCGCCUCCGGACCCGUUCCGUGGCGGCGGCGGCAGCCCGGGACCCGAGCCCCCGGGCCGCCCCGACGGACCCAGCCUUCUCUAUCGCUGGAUGAAGCACGAGCCAGGCCUGGGCAGCUACGGCGACGAGCUGGGCCGGGAGCGCGGCUCCCCCAGCGAGCGCUGCGAGGAGCGCGGCGGGGACCCGGCCGCUUCGCCCGGGGUACCCCCACUGGGCCUGGCGCCGCCGCGCUACCAGGGCAGCUUGGACGGGCCAGGCGCGGGCGGCGACGGCGACGACUACAAGAGCAGCAGCGAGGAGACGGGCAGCAGCGAGGACCCCAGCCCGCCCGGCGGCCACCUCGAGGGCUACCCAUGCCCGCACCUGGCCUAUGGCGAGCCUGAGAGCUUCGGUGACAACCUGUACGUGUGCAUUCCGUGCGGCAAGGGCUUCCCCAGCUCGGAGCAGCUGAAUGCGCACGUGGAAGCUCACGUGGAGGAGGAGGAAGCGCUGUACGGCAGGGCCGAGGCGGCUGAGGUAGCGGCGGGGGCCGCCGGCUUGGGGCCCCCUUUUGGAGGCAGUGGGGACAAGGUCGCUGGGGCUCCGGGCGGCCUGGGCGAGCUGCUGCGGCCUUACCGCUGCGCGUCGUGCGACAAGAGCUACAAGGACCCGGCCACGCUGCGGCAGCACGAGAAGACGCACUGGCUGACCCGGCCCUAUCCAUGCACCAUCUGCGGGAAGAAGUUCACGCAACGCGGGACCAUGACGCGCCACAUGCGCAGCCACCUGGGCCUCAAACCCUUCGCGUGCGACGCGUGCGGCAUGCGCUUCACGCGCCAGUACCGCCUGACGGAGCACAUGCGCAUCCACUCGGGCGAGAAGCCCUAUGAGUGCCAGGUGUGCGGCGGCAAGUUCGCACAGCAACGCAACCUCAUCAGCCACAUGAAAAUGCACGCCGUGGGUGGCGCGGCAGGCGCAGCCGGGGCGCUGGCGGGUCUGGGGGGGCUACCCGGCGUCCCCGGCCCCGACGGCAAGGGCAAGCUCGACUUUCCCGAGGGCGUCUUUGCUGUGGCCCGCCUCACGGCCGAACAGCUGAGCCUGAAGCAGCAGGACAAGGCAGCCGCGGCCGAGCUGCUGGCGCAGACCACGCACUUCCUGCACGACCCCAAGGUGGCGCUGGAGAGCCUCUACCCGCUGGCUAAGUUCACCGCGGAGCUGGGCCUCAGCCCCGACAAGGCGGCCGAGGUGCUGAGCCAGGGAGCGCACCUGGCCGCCGGACCCGACGGCCGGACCAUCGACCGUUUUUCCCCGACCUAGAGCGCCUCAUGCCGGCCCGACUUGCCGCCGCCGCGUGGCCCCGGCCCGUGGCCCCAGGGAGCGGCGGCGGCAGCCGCGAGCAGGCACACCGCGCCGGACAACUGUAGUAGCAGCGGCAGCGUCGCCGCGGUGGCGGCGGCCCCACCUGGCCUCACUGCUUUGUGCCUUAGCCCGGGGGUUGGGGUGGGGGGUGAAACCCCGGGACGGGGGUGGGAUGGGGGAAGGGAGAUUUAUAUUUUUGAUAUCAGCUUUGACCAAAGGAGACCCCCGGCCCUUCUCCGCCUCUUCCUGUGGUUCGUUGGCCCCCUCCCCUGGCUCCGCGCUGCUCUUGGAGGGAGGGGUGUCACUGAUGGGGCGCUCCCAGCCCUACCUCCGGCCCUUGCGACCACACCCAUUCUCACUGUGAAUCUCCCUGCUGGGGUCGGAGCGUCGGGCAGAGUUGGGGAGUGGGGAGGGGACUGAGCCGGCCGGAGGGCCCCCCUCCGCCCCCCCCCCGCUCCCGCCCGCCCCGGGACUGAUAAUGUGAAGUUCCUCAUUUUGCACAAGUGGCACUAGCCCCAGGGCCAACCCUUCCCUCCCUCUGGAGUCGGAGGGCUGAGACAGCCCUGGCCUACCGGUCUCCCACUCCCGCGGUGUCCUCCCCCCUCCCCUGGGGCCCGGACCAUAUUUAUUGCAUGCGCCCCGGGCGGCCCCCCACCUCGAGCCCAGGCUGGGCUGGGCUGGAACGUGGUCUCUUUAGCUCCCUCCUCCCCAGUUUGUAUAUUUCCUACCUUGUACACAGGCUCUUCCAGAGCCGCUUCCAUUUUCUAUACUCGAACCAAACAGCAAUAAAGCAGUAACCAAGGA